AUGCGCCGGCCGCGCCGCGGCGGCGGCGGCCUCCGCCCGCUGCUGCUGCUGCUCCCCUUCGCCGCGCUCCUCUCCGUCGCCACCUUCUCCCUCCACUCCCCCGACCGCCUCCUCGUCACCAUCACGGCGCGGCGGCCGUCCUCGUUGCCCCGCCACCUGCACCGGCUGGCCGUCUCGAGCCUCGACGCGCGCGCGCUCGGCCUCGGCGCGGCCCCUCCGCUCCACGCGGACGCCGCGCGCGCGUUCCGGUCCGGCGGGCGCCUCCUCAGGGACGUCCUCUCCUCCCCCUCGUCCUCCGCCCCCGCGCCGCCGCCCUCUGGCACUGCCGGCGCGACGCGGUGCCCGCCUUCCGUCGCGUUGUCGGGUGCGCGGCUCCGCGGCACGGGCGGCGGCUUCGCCCUGUCACUGCCCUGCGGGCUGGAGCUGGGGUCGCACGUGACGGUGGUGGGCUCGCCGCGGCGCCGCGGAAACGUGGCGCAGUUCGCGGUGGAGCUGCGCGGGGAAGGGGACGGCGACGCGGCCCCGAGGAUCCUCCACUUCAACCCGCGGCUCCGCGGGGACUGGAGCGGCCGGCCGGUGAUCGAGCAGAACACCCGCUUCCGCGGGCAAUGGGGACCCGCGCUCCGGUGCGAGGGCCAUCGGUCGCGCCCGGACGAGGAGACCGUUGAUGGAUUGGUGAAAUGUGAGGAAUGGUCUGGAAACAUUGGGGACACAUCAGAGGACUUGAAGAGAUUGUGGUUGCAGAACCGUAUUGCUGGACAGAAGAGCAGAUAUUGGAUAGAUUGGCCAUAUCCAUUCAUGGAGGAUGAAUUGUUUGUUCUAACACUGUGUACUGGUUUGGAAGGCUACCAUUUUCAUGUUGACGGGAAGCAUGUCACUUCUUUUCCUUACCGUGUUGGCUUUGUUAUUGAGGAUGCCACUAUCUUGUCUGUGAUUGGCGACAUUGACGUUCAAUCAAUAGUAGCUGGUUCAUUACCAACAGCUCGCCCUAGCAUUGUCCAAAGAAAUCUGGAGUUGCUAACAGAACUAAAAGCCCCUCCUCUUUCUGAAGAGAAUGUAGAGCUAUUCAUAGGCAUUCUUUCGGCGGGGAAUCAUUUCACUGAACGCAUGGCUGCAAGGAAAUCUUGGAUUUCUUCAGUACGAAAUUCCUCCAGCACGGUGGCUCGGUUUUUUGUUGCAGUGAAUGGCAGAAGGGAAGUGAAUGAAGAUUUGCUGAAAGAGGCAGAUUUCUUCGGGGACAUUGUCGUUGUGCCUUUUGUUGAUAGUUAUGAUCUGGUUGUUCUGAAGACUAUUGCCAUUUGUGACUAUGCGGCUCGUGUUGUUCCGGCGAAGUAUGUCAUGAAGUGUGAUGAUGAUACCUUUGUUAGACUUGAUUCAGUGAUGGCUGAAGUCAAGAAAAUCUCUGACGACAAAAGCUUUUAUUUGGGGAACAUGAAUUACUUCCACCGGCCACUGCGAGAGGGAAAAUGGGCUGUCUCAUAUGAGAUCAAGGAGUCUGUCAGGAUGGCAAAUCAAAUACAAACAGGAGCUAUCAUUCUGGAAGUAGAGUGGCCCAUAGAAGAGUACCCGCCCUACGCUGAUGGUGCAGGCUACAUUGUUUCUUCUGACAUUGCAAACUUUGUCUCAUCUGAAAUGGAGAAGGGAAGACUAAAUCUGUUCAAGAUGGAGGAUGUGAGCAUGGGGAUGUGGGUUGGGCGGUUCAACAGCUCCGGGAACGCCGUGGCGUACGCCCACAGCCCCAGGUUCUGCCAGUCCGGCUGCGCCGACGACUACCUGACCGCACACUACCAGUCGCCGGCGCAGAUGGUGUGCCUCUGGGAGAAGCUGCGGCAAGGGAGGCCGCAGUGCUGCAACUCGAGGUGACACAGAAACCUUUGCCCCCUGAAAGCUCACCUCGGCAUGAACUUCCCUGGGAUAGGUAGCAAACCACAGGUAACGCUUGUACAUCAUUGGAGGGUACAUAGCCCCGUUUUUUCCACUGAUCGGAAGCAGUGACGAACACAGAAUACAUCGGGUGAAAGGAUAGUUUAAGCUUACACGUCAUAUCUGUAACAUAAACACAACCAUAUUAUCGUAUAACAAUCUCUCUUGGUACAUAAAUUAUACAUGCCACAAUGUACGGCUCCCUAGGUAGGUACUGAGCGUACUGCUGGUCCAAAAGA